AUGAAGUCCUCGGCUGUGGGUCGCGCCAUACGACACUUUUAUAAAACGACAACCCUGCAUGGAUUCAAAUAUCUGUGCUCCAAAUAUUACUGUGAUCGCGUCGGUUGGUUGUUAUGUUGUGUGGCGAGUGCGUGUUGUGCCGGUGUGCUCUGUGCGGUGUUGUGGGCUCGAUUCCUUCAAGUGCCAGCAGUGUUGACUCUUCACGAUAUGCGAGGAGCCAAUAUACAGAUGAAACUACCCACAGUGGCUGUAUGCCCUCCGCCUCAAACUGUUGCACGUCUGUUCGAAGAGAAAUUUUCUUCAUCAAACAACACGAAACGUCUCUCUACAAUUCUGAUGAACGUGCUCCGUAGAAGAUUUCCAUCGCUAGAACAGCUCGGCUUGUUAGAAAACUUUCUUGACAAAGAGCAAAUGACUAUACAACAAGUUUUAAUGGCUGUUGUACCUUCUUGUGAAAAUAUUGUUCUUAAUUGUCGUUGGCAAUAUGACAUUGUGAGUUGUGAGAAACUUUUUAAGAAGGAAUUAACUGAAUGGGGAGUCUGCUGUGUCAUGAGACCAGAGAAUGUAAACCUUCCUAAAGUGUCUCUGUACGAAACAACAAGCAAACUUCAUAUCGCAGUUAAAUGUUCUGAUGAAGUAGACACAGUGAAUGGGUGCCAGUUCUUCACGGGCUAUAAAGGAGAGGAAUGGGUCGAACCAAAAUCUCUGACACCUGGAUUUAAUUAUCUCGCCCAAAUGUCAUUUACUUCGGUGAUCGAUAAGGACUCUGAUAAAUUGGUUGACGGCACCUGUGUGACUACGGAAGGAUACACCAAGAGGGAGUGUCUAUUGAAAUGCAUUGAGAGAAUCUGUGGAUGCGCGGACCCAAUACGAUCACUGACAACUAAAACUCUGCCGUACUGUCAAGUGACACAACUAAAAUGUUUACAUUCAUUUAAAACAGUCAAUGCGUCCUUGGGCGGCGUCUUCAAUAUGUUUUUAGGUGUCGGCCUGUUCAGCGCUUUGGAAGUGCUGUUUCUUUUGUGUGUUAGAUUGCCUAUAGAGAUUAAAAAAUCGACCGAGAUUGAAAAUGUAUCGCCUGUUCAAUAA